CAAACCAAGUCUUCUUCAUUCUUCAAUCAUUUUUCUCCGAUUUGAAAUCUCCGGCGACGAUGGAAUCCUCCGGCGACAAAAAAACUUCAUCUCUUUACCCUACUGUUGACACAUCGAAUCCCGAAGCUCCUAUAAACCCUACCUCUUCAUCAUCUACUAAUAAUCUCUAUCCUUCUCUCGAUAUGAAUGAUCUCGCUCGUAAUCUCUUCCCUGAGCAACCGGAGACGAGUUCCGUUCCCGUUUCGGCUCCUCCUGCAGCGAGGGAGGAAGUAAUUUUGAAAAUCUCCGGCGCGAUUCUUCAUUUAAUCGACACAUCUUACAGCGUCGAGCUCGCUUGCGGCGAUCUUGAGAUCAUCCGUAUUGUUCAAGGAGAUAAUGUUGUCGCUGUUCUCGCUCGUGUUGGAGAUGAGAUUCAAUGGCCGUUGACUAAGGAUGAGAACUCCGUCAAAGUCGAUGAGUCUCAUUACUUCUUCACGCUUCGUCCUACAAAAGAAAUCGCACAUGAUUCAAGCGACGAGGAAGACGGAGCGAAAAACACUAACGAGAUGUUGAACUACGGACUUACAAUUGCUUCGAAAGGUCAAGAGCAUUUGCUGGUGGAGCUUGAGAAGAUCUUGGAGGAUUAUAGUUGUUUCACGGUGCAGGAAGUGUCGGAAGAAGCGAAGGAAGCAGGGGAAAAGGUUUUGGAUGUGACGGUGGCGAGAGAGACGUCGCCGGUGGAGCUUACUGGGGAAAGGAAAGAGAUUGUGGAGAGGCAAUGUUCGGCUUAUUGGACGACUUUAGCUCCGAAUGUGGAGGAUUAUAGCGGGAAGGCGGCGAAGCUGAUUGCAACUGGCUCAGGACAUUUGAUAAAAGGGAUUCUUUGGUGUGGAGAUGUGACUAUGGAUAGGCUUAUUUGGGGAAAUGGUUUCAUGAAAAGGAGGUUGUCAAAGGCUGAGAAGGAGAGUGAAGUUCACCCUGACACCUUGAAAAGAAUCAGGAGAGUGAAGAGGAUGACCAAAAUGACAGAGAGUGUAGCAAACAGCAUACUGUCUGGAGUCCUUAAAGUUUCUGGAUUCUUCACAAGUUCAGUUGCGAACACCAAAGUUGGGAAGAAAUUCUUUAGUCUUCUCCCUGGAGAAGUCAUCCUUGCAUCUCUUGACGGAUUCAAUAAGGUUUGUGAUGCUGUUGAAGUAGCUGGGAGGAAUGUAAUGUCAACCUCUUCCACUGUCACAACUGAACUUGUUGAUCACAAGUAUGGUGGUAAAGCGGCUGAGGCAACAAACGAAGGGCUCGAUGCAGCAGGAUAUGCGCUUGGCACAGCCUGGGUUGCUUUCAAAAUCAGAAAGGCUAUUAACCCUAAGAGUGUACUCAAGCCUUCGACGCUUGCAAAGACUGCCAUUAGAUCUUCAGCUUCACAAAAGAAAGCGUAGGAAAGCUUUCCUGAUGAAGCAAAACAGACUCAUUUGUCUUGUUUGUUUGUAUCGUCUUGUUGUCUUUUGAUACAUAAGUAAAACUGAAAAGGGGUGUGGAUUAUUAGUUGUUGUGAAGUGUUUAUGUUUCUCUAUGAGAAUCAUGUAAUGUCUCUGAGUUGAUACGGAAUAUGUGCUGUAUGUGUAAGUGGCCUUGGGGCCAAAUCAAGAUUCCUUGAAAUU